AUGUUUUCAGGAACACUGGAACAGCACAUUUGGAACGGCCCUGUGCCUCCUGUGCGAAAAAAGCAUUUAAAGAAGUUGUCAUCGCAUGGCACGGCAGAGCAUCACAACGUCUGUUAUAUUUCGACGGACACAAAGCCAAGGGAAGCCGUUCAUUACCCUGUCGAGCUCAAUCCUUUCCCCGAAAACAGCAUAGAAGACACAGCCACCAGCUCCGAAUACGACGACUCGUUGAACCCAUUCAGGGAUGACCUUGGCAGCGACGGUGAGUCGCUCGGCUCACAAACCACCGCCACUGACGACAGCCAUUUGGCAGACGGAGUGUCGUCAGGCCACCAUGAACCUUGUCGAAAUUCCUCUGCUCCUUCCACAUUGCAUUCGAAAACGACGUCACCCGGCGAUCGUCUAUUCAGCCCUCAGUCUUCCUCACCUGCCGAAGUUCACAAGUCAAAAACGGCACCCCCGUUUCCGCCGCCGGUACUUCCGAAGCCGUCUUCCUUGGGAAGCGAGAUAAAAUGCAAUCCUGAUAUGGCUAAACGUAAGAAGCGGCGCGCUCCUCCACCCCCGGUUCCUCUGAGACGAGAGAUUCCAUGCACAUUUAGCAUGAACGAAGACGAAAUCAUUUCGGCUUUAAAGUCUGUUGAUGAGGAUUACGCUGAAAUUGAACGAUAUGGUCGUCUGAUCGAACAGCGAGCAAGAUGUGAUAUGAACAAAGGUGAUACAUGGCUGGAUGAAGGCAUUGUCGAAACUUUGUACAAAUUAAUCUGCAAAAGAGUCUUCUUGUUUUCCAAGGAAAUGGAAUUAGCUUCUUGUUAUCGGGAACGUCAGCUAAACGCCGUUCAUUCAGAAGUCGAGUUUCGAUUGCGGUGUAUCGUGGAGAAGCCAGAUGAGAUAAAAACUGAUGAGGACGCGAAUAUGGAGGCAUUGUUACUGCAGAAGCUGUUGAAGGUCAUCGAUGAAAAGUCAUACUUAGACGAAACGGAUUCCCCAUUUUACAGCAACCCUGCCAGAGUCGAUCAUCUACAAAGCAUACUGGUCAAGGCCAGUGACCGAUCGAAGGAAAAUUUGGAAGAAAGGAAAAAGCGAAAAACGCAGUUCGGUCGCCACGACAAAAAGCGACUCCUGCGUCGUCUCAAAAAACUGCAGAUAAAGUUAGGACAUAAAAGUGGUAAGAAAAUCGGUCGUUCGUUCUUUGGAUUCGGAUAG